CCUCACCGUCUUCUCUCCCCAACCCCGGCAUCUUUAGUGUGGGCACCCGGCUGUGACAGGUCCUGUACUGUGUCCGCAGUCUCUGGUCAUCUCCUGUACUGUGUCCGCAGUCUCUGGUCAUCUCCUGCACUAUGUCUGCAGUCUCUGGUCAUCUCCUGUACUGUGUCCGCAGUCUCUGGUCAUCCCCUGUACUGUCCGCAGUCUCUGGUCAUCUCCUGUACUGUGUCCGCAGUCUCUGGUCAUCUCCUGUACUAUGUCCGCAGUCUCUGGUCAUCUCCUGUACUAUGUCCGCAGUCUCUGGUCAUCUCCUGCACUAUGUCUGCAGUCUCUGGUCAUCUCCUGUACUGUGUCCGCAGUCUCUGGUCAUCUCCUGCACUAUGUCUGCAG